UCAACACCCCUAUCCUGAGGUGGUGGCUCAAGAAGUUCAAAGGAGAGUUAAUGAAUCGGUGACAAGGAGAAGACUAUUGGCAGGGACGACAGAGAAAGAUGAAUGCCUUACCGGAAACCCGAUCGACGACUGCUGGAAGUGCGACCCUGACUGGUCAAAUAACCGCCAGAAACUGGCGGACUGCGCCAUUGGGUUCGGUGUAGGCGCGAUGGGCGGAAAAGGGGGGAAAUACUACAUAGUCUCCGACUCCUCGGAUCUGGACACCAUGAACCCCAAACAGGGGACUCUCCGGCACGCGGUGAUCCAAACGGAGCCGCUCUGGAUCGUAUUCUCGGCGGACAUGACUAUCAACCUGAAACACGAGCUGAUCUUCAACAGCUACAAGACGGUCGACGGCCGCGGCGCGAACGUGCACAUCACCGGAAAUGGCUGCAUAACUAUACAGUACAUCACCAACGUCAUCAUCCACAACGUCCACAUAUACCACUGCCUUCCGUCGGGGAACGUUCAAAUACGGUCGAGUCCGACGCACGUCGGGUGGAGGGGCAGGUCGGACGGCGACGGCAUAUCCAUAUUCAGCUCGAGGAAUAUCUGGAUUGACCACUGCGAUUUGUCGAAAUGCACGGAUGGGCUGAUCGACGUGAUAAUGGGGUCCACCGCGAUCACCAUCUCCAAUAGCUACUUUACCCACCACGACGAGGUCAUGCUGCUCGGUCACGUUGAUGGAAACGUGCCCGACUCCGGAAUGCAGCGUUCAAUCACUUUGGAGAAGGAUGCGUGCAAAGAAUGCCGAGGUGCCGAAGAGGAUAUAUUCACGUGGUCAACAAUGACUACACCGAGUGGCAAAUGUAUGCCAUAGGCGGUAGCGAUCACCCCACCAUCAAUAGCCAGGGAAACCGCUAUGUUGCACCCCUUAACGAUUACGCAAAAGAGAUUAUCUUUGGGUCGAUCUCUAGCGUAUCAUCCAGCCCCGAGCAAACAUGUUUUGAGACUUCAUGAGGACACAGAUUACCACCUCUCGAAUCUCGGGCUCCAUAUCAGCACCAAUUGAAAUUUUCCGUGUUGGCCACCCCAACCCCAGUCUUCGUGGGGAAUUUUAUGCAGGAGAGCCACACCGUUAUGACCGAGCUGCGCUUUCCUAUCCAAACCUGGAUCGGGACCUAAUAUCCCAACAUGUGACAAAGCGGGUUGACACAGACGAGACGCAGUGGCAAAAAUGGGAUUGGAGAACGGAAGGGGACAUGUUGGUCAACGGAGCUUUCUUCGUUCCCUCCGGCGACGGUCUUAGCAACGAGUACACCAAGGCCUUCAGUUUUGACCCUCACUCCGUCCUUUUUAUCGACCAACUCACCGCUAAUGCUGGUGUCCUCCUUGCACCACCCACCAGAACACCUCAAUCUUUUGUUAGCGGGACAACCAUUGGCGGAAACAAUAACGGAAGUGGCCGAACAACAAUGGGUGCUAAUGGCAAUGGCUAUGUGAGGCCCACAACCAAUACUGAUCACCCAAUUGGAUGGUUCGAUUAUAACGGGGCUCCACGUGUCAAAUCCCCUCCUCUUAUUGCAAUCAUUCUUUUCUUCUCUCCUCUAAUUUUUUUAUACAAUUUGUAGUAAUCAUGCACCAAAGUCCUUUAUGGAUUGGUUAGCAUGAAGUUUGAAGAGAAGAAAAUGAAGUUUUGUCCGGAAUGGGACUCACCUUUUUGUACAUAUUUAGUAUAAUGCUCAAUUUGGAUUCACACAUGUAAUAUUAAUUUAUACUUAUACUUGUAACUGCUAUUUUUUUGUUCUAUAAAUAAAUAGAUUACACUGCACAUAUA